UGGCAUUGUAAUGUUUGCAAAGCGUCUGCUGGAGAGACAACAACAGUAAUUCAGUAAUUGCAUUGCAAGAAAGUAAUAAUCAUAAUUGUUUCAGAUUAAAAUAUAACUUUGUUAAAAUUCAUUUGAAAUAUUAAUAUUUUUUAACGCAAUUAUUAUUUAUAAAGUGAAGUGUAGGCCGGCACAACGUACAUCAAAACCAUGGACUGGCUUGCGUAUACCGCAGAGGUUUAAGCAGCUAAACCAUGGUCUUUGCGAGUCUUUAACUUUUUGGCCUAACCAAGUUCCAAACUUUUGUGACAAAUUACUUGUAAUUGUAAAGACUAAGAGCAAAUCAUUUCUUAACGGCAAAAUAUCCAAAAUCAAUACUCCCCCUUCCCCAUAUAGUGCAUAAUUAUUAAUUACAAUUAAAAUAUGGAUGGACCUUUAUAAAAUUCUAUCAUACUGAUUUUAGACAUUUAAAUAUAUUGACUCUGUGCAUGCUCUAUAUAAUAGUUUUAUUUCCUGGCUUAACUAUUACUUACUGUAAAACAUGCCGGUGGGUGGAGGGGUAUGCAAAAGUCAAAGUAAGCUUGUUGUGCUAGACGCCCUAUCCAGAGCCGUGAUUUGUGUAGGCCCCCUUUUUGGUUUUGUGCCCCCUGUUGAGCAUCUGCCCAUAACUCAACCCCAUUCCCCGGCACAACAAAUACAAAACUUAAAGUAGCACAAAUCCUGUCCCACGUGCAUUUUGCAAUGGUUUCUGUGUGACAACAUUGUGUUUUACCCUGAGAAUAGCACAUGCCAUGCAAUGCUCCCUCUAAGGUUUGUUGGUUUGUGUGCAAAAUCAUAAAGUUGUGUGCAAAAUCAUAAAGUUGUGUGCAAAUUUUUACAGCAUCAAUUUUUUUGUGUGCAAAAUUUUACAGCCUACAGACAAAUUCACACACUUCAGUGGAAAUUAGCUACGCGGUACUCAAAACUGCUGCGCGGUGUCUGUGAGAUUGCUGCGCAGCCGCGCAGUUUAAAGGGAACAUUGAUACCAUGCCAUUCUGGAAACAUUCCGUCAUGAACAGGGUAAACGCAGACCUAUCGCUUUGCUAUACAGUUUGCUACCGCGCUGUGUGUUUCUAAAAUUAUGGUGUUUUCUCAGACCUAUCGCUUUGCUAUACAGUUUGCUACCGCACUGUGUUUCUAAAAUCGUGGUGAUUUCAAAAGAUUCGCUACGAGACUGAGGGUUGUGAAUGAACUGUGGAUAUCGUAUGAGGGAGGCCUGUGUAAAUUUGACAAUGCAUAGUGAAAGCAAGAUGAUUGAAAUGAUGACCAUGCACAUUGAUAUUCAAAUGGUAUACUGGUAUUUUUUUGGAUGUUCAUAUGACAACAGAUUUAUGAAAAGUUGUAGUCUACAUCAUGACUACAUUUACAUGUAAAAGUAAAAUGUAAAUGUUCAACUACAUAAAGAAUGCUGCAAAGGCAAUAAAAUAAAAUACAGUGGAACCUCUCAUAACCAGCACCUCUCAUAAGGAUUAAUUCGCAUAACGAGCAAAAAAAAUUAUGAAGAAGUUGCUCCCUUAACGAGGGACAUUUCACAUAACGAGUUACGCAGAAAGGGGAAGUCCCUUUUUCUCGACAUUCAUUUGUGAGCCGGAACUUCCGCGCCGAAGCAUUAGUCUGUGUUUAGCACUCGGUCUGUUGGCGUAUUGUUUUCGUGUGUGAUCACCAGUUUUUACAAAUUUUGUAUUCAGACAGUAUUCGUAAUUUUUUUAUGUGCAAAAUGUAAAAACCUGUGCUAACUAAAAUGUCUUCGAAGAAAAAACCACCAGAAGACAAUCAUAAGAGACAAAAAAUAACUGUUGAAAUGAAACGUAAAAUCAUUGAAAAGCGAGAACAAGGUGUGAGAGUGGCUAAUCUAGCGCGCACAUACAAUCGGUCAACAUUAACAAUCUGCACUAUUCUCAAGAACAAAAACAAAAUUAAGGAGAUGUAUGCUUCAAAGGGAGUGUCGAGAAUGUCUACGAAACGGUUACGUAUUCUUGAUGAUGUUGAGAGUUUGCUUCUAAUAUGGAUAAACGAGAAGUGAUUAGAAGGCGACACUAUUAAUGAAAACAUUAUUUGUGAGAAGGCGAAACUUAUUUUCGCUGACCUUGUUAAGAAAACACCAGGAUCAUCUACUGCCGAAAAAGAACUACAAUUCAAGGGAAGUCAUGGAUGGUUCGAGAAGUUUAAGAGAAGAACCGGCAUCCACAGCAUUGUGAGGCACAGUGAAGCAGCAAGCUCUGACACAAAAGUAGCAGAGAACUUCAUCAGUGACUUCAAGAAGCUCAUAGAUCUUGGGGGUUACCUGCCGCAACAAGCUUUUAAUUGUGACGAGACGGCUCUCUUCUGGAAAAAUAUGCCAAAGCAAACCUAUAUAACAGCUGAAGAGAAUGCAUUGCCAGGCCACAAGCCAAUGAAAGGCCGCCUCACGCUGCUAUUUUGUGCCAAUGCAAGCGGGGAUUUGAAAAUUAAACCGCUGCUUGUUUACCAUUCAGAAACUCCACGAGCCUUUAAGAAGUGUAAUGUCCAGAAGAGGAGACUAAAUGUGAUGUGGAGAUCCAACAAGAAGGCCUGGGUGACACGUGACAUUUUCACUGAUUGGAUCAAUGAAGUGAUUUGUCCUUCCGUAAAAAAAUAUUUGCUAGAGAUGAAUCUUCCUCUCCAUGUCUUGCUUGUUUUGCACAAUGCGCCUGCCCAUCCUCCAGGCCUACAAGAUGAUAUUCAUGAAGAAUUUAAUUUCAUCAAUAUCCAGUUUCUGCCUCCCAACACCACUCCGUUACUCCAGCCUAUGGACCAGCAGGUUAUUUCUCAUUUUAAAAAACUCUACACUAAAACACUCUUCGAGCGUUGUUUUGAAGUUACCGAAGAGUCAAAUCUCACUCUUAGAGAGUUUUGGAAAGAUCAUUUUCACAUCGUUGCUUGCCUCAAGGUGAUUGACAAGGCUUGGGAAGGGGUUACCAAGAGGACCCUCACUUCUGCUUGGAAAAAACUUUGGCCACAGAGUGUUGUUGAAUGUGAUUUUGAAACAGUACCUGUGGAGUCUACAGUUAACGAGAUUGUGUCAUUGGCCAAUAUCAUGGGACUCGAGGUGGACAACAACGAUAUUGAAGAGCUUGUGAAAGAGCACAGUCAUGAGUUGACCACUGAAGAGCUUAUGGAGUUGCAUCGUGUUUCACAGCAAGAAAUUUUGGAGGAGAGCUCAUUAAUGGAGGAGGAAGUAACAGAGCAACAAUCUUCUAGCGUGAUAAGAGAAAUGCUGAAAGCAUUUGAAACUGUUGCAUCGUACAUUGAGAAGCAUCAUCCUAAUAAGGAGAUGACUAUUCGUGCUAAAAAUUUAUUAAAUGAUAAUGCUGUGACACGUUUUCGUCAAAUUUUGAAGGGUCGGCAAAAACAAAUGUCUUUAGACAGUUUUCUAGUUAAAAAGGAUUAAUUAUUUGUCAUAAAGUCUUAUUUUUAUUUACGUUUUUUGUUUCAAAUCUAAAUUGUAUUCCAAGUUGUUACACUCCUUAACAAUUCAUUAGUAAUUUUAUUUGAAUAUAUGUUAAACAUUUUGAAAAAUGAGUAUUUUUUCAGCAUGGAACGCAUUAUCAUAUUUUACAUUGUUUUGUAUUGGAAAAAUUGUUUCGUUUAACGAGUGUUUCGCUUAACGAGUAAGAUUCUGAAACGAAUUAUGCUCGUUAUGAGAGGUUCCACUGUACAGCUUUUUAUUCAAAAUUAUUCUGUGGUUAUUAUACAUGUUACAAGUUACAUACAUUAUACACACACUUUCUGUUUGUUUUCUAAUUUCUUAUUAUUUUCAAAUUCAAAGGCUAACACAACUAGUUCAAGUUUAAUCUAUAACACUUAAUAAUCUGAAUAUAACAUAUAUUUGAAAUAUUUAAAUUGCUACAAAAUAUUUUUUUUAAUUCUCAUGAAACUGCUGUUACAAAUGAACAUAAUAAUUUAUAUAUAAAACAUAUUUGUAAUUAAAUGGGGGAAAAAAACAACAAAAAACUUGAUCCCCAUCUGGGAAUUGAUCACAAGAUAUAAUUUCGUCUAGCAUCUCCUCUACCACAAAACCACACAAGAUCAUAUCUAACAGGCAUAUCUUAAAACCAGGCCAAUGGUAAAUUUUUGCUGUGGUGUACACAGACCUAGGUCCAUGGUUUUGCUAGGUACAGCGCCGAGGUGCACGCAGCCACUUUGUAUUAUAAUUUAUUAAUUAUCGUAACGAAGUAUGCUUAGUUACACUUUUUUUAGAGCUUAGGCCUCGGCCAAGUUAUAGUAAAGUAUUUUUUUUUAAAUUGAUUAAAAAUUUAAAUAUGGCCUCAUCAGUUUAGGUAGGCUUAAAUAAAUCUUAAUAAUAAAUACAAUGAAUGAAUAGCCUCUAUAACAGAGGCCUAUACCUACCAAUAUUUCCAAAAUUUUAUUUUAAGUUUGGUGAACAAGUUUUGAAAAUGAACCAGGGACUGGUGCCAGAUUUAUUUAUAAAAUUUUCUUUAUGUAAUCAUAAAUAAAAUUUAAUACCGGUAAUCCUGUUGUCAUGUGCAGGUCAAGAACAACAGAGUAGGAAGGCUCGCAGACCGGUGCCAGUCUUUUGAUCACCAUAUUAGGGGAAUGCUGGCCUAUACUUAAACAGUUUGAAACAUGUAACAUCCUGUGAAUAGCACAACCCUUGGGGCUUGAGACUGAUAAAAAAAGUGGCUCUGAUGCUAUUUGCAGGUCCUUCAAUAAUUUGAAAGAAAACGACAUAUGCAAAUAUGCUUUUGAAAAUAAGAAAUGAGAAAACAAGCAGUGCAUACAUUAUCAUUUACAUGUAUGACUAUGUUUAAUAGCAACAGAACAAUCAUGAAACGAAGAGAGAUUUUAUUGUGCUUAACCUUUCUUAUUCAUGUGGUUCAUGACAUAAUUUGGUGCCAGCGCGGUAGGUGAGUGCUUUUUAAAUGAAAUGUUGUAUAUAACCUAACAGAUGGAGCUAGCUGCCACAGAGAAAGCUGGGGCCUUAAAGACUGUGAGCUCAGGCUCCUCCCAAAAUAUGUAUUUUAGGUAGUUAGUAAUUAGUGUUCAACUAAAUUUAUACUAUUUCUUUAUUUUCAGUGGGAAAAUACCAGCUUAUCUAUUUUAACGUCAAGGGUAGGUAUUUGUUAACAUAUCACAUUUUUUAUCCAAAGUCUGUCUACGUCUCUUUAAUUAUAUCUAUUGUUGUGCUCUGUUCACACAAGAAGGAAGAUUAAGCAGAAAUUUUGUGUGUAUUAUUUUGUUCUAUAUUUCAAGCUUUCCCUAUUUUGCUAUAUUUUUAUUUUAUGGUGUUCAGUUUCUGGGCAAUCCAUAUAUUACAAUUGCAAAAAAAGUCAAAAUUUCGGACACCCAACCCCACCUAAAUACAAAUGAUAAUCUUUCCACCUCCCUCCCCAAAAGGGUUAAAUAUUAUUUUACAGGUUUUCCCAACUGUCUGUUUAACAUAAAAAUUACAUCACAUGCAAUUGGAAUGAAAUAAAGAAAAGCGAACAGUGGAAUUAUUAUUUGUCACAUGGCUAUUUAUUACUGUUACGAUAUCUAGUGAGUUAUUUGUAAAAACACAAAGCAACAUUAUGAUGAUAGUUACAAAACAUUGCAGUGAUAUUUUUAUGGCCUUUGAAAAUAAUAAGAAAUCUCGAGUUUCACAAAUCUACAAAAUUGUCACACACACACCCUCCACCCACACUUCUCCCUCUCUCUCUCUCUUAAUGUAUGCAUUCUAUAUGGAUAGCCCAUUAUUGAGAACAAAUUUGGCUUAAUUUAAUAUUUAGACAUCAGUAAAUCUAUUUAUAAAUUUACUUUAUAUAUCAGGUCGAGGUGAAGCUAUUCGACUUUUAUUCAAGGACAAUGGCAUUGCAUAUGAAGAAAUUAAUUGUGGAGAGAAUUGGCUAAAAGAAUGGAAGCCUCAAAUGGUAAUCUUUUUUAGUGGAUAUUUAUUAUAUCCUUCCUUCAAAUAUUUUUAUUUAUGUACUGUGAUUUGAACAUUAAUAAGUCUUAUCAUUAUUGUAGUUUUAGUUAAAUGAAAAACUGAAGAAAUGUUUUUCGCUAUUUUUAUCUUUUUUUUAUAAAAUAUUGUAAAGGUAUCAAAUUUUAUAAAAGAAAAUAAUUAUACUGAAAAAGAUUUUGUCAGUUUUUAUAAUUACUAGUUCAUAGUGAUAUUUUCUAAACUCAAUUUCUUAAAUGAAAACAUCAUUUGUCAGCAAACAUUAAAAAAGAUAUUGUUUUCUUCUUCUAUAUUUUGAGGGCCCACGAUUAAUGUAUCUGGCUCCUUUGUUUGUAGAGGGGGUUUGCAAUGUUUCUAUGAAUGAUUUUGAAGAGGAUACUUCCCUGGUUGCAAGGACUACUCAGUGAUGGUAUCAGGAACUGGAGGUUGGAAGGGCAGGAAUGUGUCAAGUGUUGUCGCCUCAACUGUUCCUUUUGGAAGCUUGUUCCAGUCCUUGAUUGUCUUUGGCAGGAAUGAGCAGUUCUUGUACUGUGUUCUUGCUGUUAUGAGUCGGAACUGCAUGUCAUGGCCUCAUCGCUGUCUAGGGGGAGAGUGACGAGUUUCUGUUUAAUGCUGGAGAAGUGGACCAGUCACUUUUAAUCUUGAAUUAUUUAUUUUAUGAUAAGUUGUUAAAAAUAUUUUUAUUCCAGCAAUUUGGACAGGUUCCUGCAUUGAAAGACAAUGACUUCCUCCUUGUCCAGACAAAUGCCAUUCUUCGUCAUCUAGGAAGAAAACAUGGUACAUUGGUCAUUCAUUUUCUUGUUAAGAAAAUGCUAAAUUCUUGUUUUGGAGAAAAGUACCACCUAUUUUAGCUUGAUUUACUAAAGAAGUUAAAAUUAUCUUUAGUUUGUUGGCUGAUUUGAGGAGAGUGGGGGAUGUAGUGGAGAUAAGCUACAGUAAAGAUUUUAAAAAAUUACAACAGAGAAGAAUAUCUCCAUAUUCUUGUAGCUACGUGAAGAAUUCAUUCAAAAUAAUUAGUAGUACAGGCAAGACUGCCAUACUAAAAUUUGGACAAUGUGAUGAAUUACCAAAUAGUCAUGCUUGACUUGCCUAGGGUAUAUAUACGUAUAUUUUAUGUUAAAGGCUUUUAUAUUGAAACAAUAGUUUUUUUUAGUCGCUCAAAAAUUGGGAUAUUUAUUAAAAAAAUUCAGAGUCAUCUACUUAGAUUUUGCUUAAUUUUCUUAAUUCUGUAUUGACCAUUUCUAUACAUAUAUUAUCAUGUUUCUAGGACUCUACGGUAACAAUGAACAAGAGGCUUCUCUGAUUGAUAUGAUCAAUGAUGGCAUUGAAGACCUUAGAGUAAAGUACCUUACCUUGAUCUAUAAGAACUAUGUAAGUUGAACUUUUUAACAUGAUUCUCCAAUAAAAUUAUAAAAAUCAGUAGCCUUUUUUUUUUACAACUAACAAAGAACUUCUUAGAAAAUACAAGUAGUAAUUAUGUCACAAAAAAAACUAACAAGGCAUUCAGCAACGUAAUUAUUAAAACAAAAAUAUAAGAUCAAUUUUGAAAAAAAUGUCUUUUACUUUUAUUCAUUUUUUAACUUUUGCAAUUUUGUUUCUAAAAGGAAAAUGGAAAAGAUAUUUAUAUUGCAGAACUGCCUGCACAGCUCCAGCCAUUUGAGGUAACAAAAUAUAUGGUUACCUUUGCAUGAAAUCAAAUAUGAAAGAGUAUUAACUGUUAAUUUUUAAGAUUGUCUUAUAUACUUACUGUGAAAAUAAACCUUAAACAGGUAUUUUUUUUUUUUUAGGAAAUAGAAUAUUAAUGGACCUUAUUUUGUUUUUUGCAAACCGAAUAAUAGUUUUGGAAAUCCGAUUUUAAAUUAUUGGUCUCCAUGCUCAAAUACUCUCUUAGCGGACCUUAUACACGGCCCACAAUGUGAAUUUCUGUAAUAAACUUGGCGAUAUCUGCUUUCAUUAUUUUUGUUCUGAAUAUGUAAUUAUGAAUCAGUUCUAAAAUAGAUGAUAUUUAAAUUUUCAGCCUCAUUCUCCGAAAUACUGAUUAUAUCGGUUAAUGCAUAAUUUCAAUAGGCAAUUGUUUUUUAAUGUUAAUGUAAUUGUAAUUAAUUACAAAUUUUUAAGCUUACUUUUGAAUAAUAAAAAAAUUAAAAAAUUGAAUAAUUGUAAAGCGCUUAGAGCUUUAUGAUAAGCGCUAUAUAAAAAUGCCUAAAUAAAUAAGCAUUUUUAAACAUUAUCAAAACCAAUAAAGGGAAAUGUAAUUAUCGCUAAACAUUGUUUAUUUUUUUUUUUUUUAAAUGAAGUUUUUCUGCUGCUAUAAAAUUAUUAUCUUGUUUCUUUUUCAGAAAUUACUCUCAGAAAAUGGAGCUGAAAAAACUGGUUGUUGUGUUGGAAACAAGGUAUGGUAAUUUCCCUUUAAAAUCACCAGAUAAGAUAAGCAAUAUUGUCUUUGUUGGCUUUCUUGUCCCAGAUAGUAAUUUGGGGGAACAAACUGAAUUCUAUAGAAUUAUAUGUUUAUGAUUAAGUUACUUGCAGUUUUUUUUAUCUUUUUUGAGUAAUGCAUAUAUAGUUUAUUGACAAUCUUUCAUUUUUAUACCCUUCUGUUUCUCACUUCAGUGGUUUAAGUUCAUUAUUCUAGGUAAACCUCCUCCCCUAAUAGUAGAAUAGCUGCCAGCAAUAUAACCAUAGCUGUGAUCACCUGAGACAAAUAAAAAACCUACUGCAUCUUGGUCCUUAUAUAUGAAAUUUGUAAAAAUCUUAGAAAUUGCGCUGGUUAUUGUGUAUAAAUUUUAAUUUACCAGGACCUAUUGAUUAAAGUACUUUCUAGAUUUUUAUUUUUUUAAAUAUAUAAUUUGUCUCCUUUGUAAAUCCUCUUCUAUAUAUAAUAAUAUAACUGAAUUUUCAUGCAAUAUUAAUUCUUAGUUAGGUAUGUCAUAACAUUAAAAAUGUUUUACAUAACUGUUUUAUUAUUUCAGCGAUCUUUUGCAGACUAUAAUCUGUUUGAUUUGCUAGAUAUCAACCAGGUCCUUGCACCAAAAUGCUUAGAUGAUUUUCCCACCCUGACAGCUUACUAUCAAUUACAGUUGGCUCGACCAGGCAUAGCAGAUCAUCGUGAAUCUGAAUCUUUUAAGCAGAUGAAUAUCAAUGGCAAUGGGAAACAGUAAAGAAUUAGUAAACAAACAAAUGUUAAAAUUAUAAUUCUUAAACUAUUCUUUCAUUUCUCUUUAAAUGUCUUAAAAAUAUUUACUCAAUGUCAUUUAGAGUAAACUUCUUUUUAACUUUCUUUUUAUUUGGCAUUUUAAAGACUCCCUUAUUUCCUUUUUGUAAAGUAUAAACAUGUUAGUGCAUAAGUGUAUAGUGAUCCUGAAAAGUUAACUUUUUUCUUUUAUGUUAACUUUUAAGUGUUGACACUUACUUUAAAGUUGUUUUUUCACAACUAUCAUUGAGCAGCUCAAACUAACACUAUUGUGUUUUAUUUGUUUGAAGUGAAAACAUAUUAUUCAAAUUCAAUAUUAAUUGUUUUGUUCAUUAGCCUUUGUAAUUGCCAUAGAGACAAUUUCUUAGUGUCUUUCUUUCAAUAAAUUACAGAACAUUGUAUUUUUAAUGUGUCUUAAAUCCUUUAUAUUAACUUCACUUUUGUUCGUAGCUGGGAAGACCUUUAGACUACUAAUUGACCCACUACUAGACUACCAAUAGACCCACUUUCCAUCUUUGAAAAAAAAAAUAUUGCAUGUUAAAUAUUUUUUUACUUUUCUGAAAUAGUUGGUGAAAUAAUCUGCGAUGUAAAACGGGAUGGGUCAUUAAUAUAGUUCAGGAGCGUGAAAAAAAUGUUCGGUUGGGGUGGUGGUGGAGGGGGGGGGAGGGAAUCAGAUCAUUUAUCAUUGAUUUCAAAAGGAAAAAUCUCAUGAACACUGUUUCUAUUGCAUGAAAUUGAAAUAGUCAUUUUAUAUCUUUUUAAUUGCUUACAUUUUGCCAAAUUUCAAAAGAAAGUUGGUUUUAUUUUGGAAGUCUAGGAACAACUAUACAUCCUAAGGUGUAGGUUUUUCCAAAUGUUAGUGUAUUAAUAGUUAGAAAUGAUAUUUAGUGGUUUUUGUAGGAAAUUAUUGAAUUGAAAUGUUUUAAUGAGGCUAGAAAUAAAGUUGCAUGUCAACACAUAAUUCUGGCUCUUUCGUUAGUAUAAAAUGUUUAUAUAUUUUUGUUUUUAAUUAGUUAAUUUAAUAGUUCUUAUAACCAUGUGGUAAAUUAUAAUGGUAUUAAUAAUGGUAAUAUCAUUAAUAUUUUUCAUACAUUACAACGCUAAAUGUAUUUGACCCUUUUCAAUGAUUAUUAGUGGAAUAUAUAUAAUUUGAAAUAACACCUGACUUUCAGUUUCAGACAACAAAUCGGUAAAAUUUUAUCAUUAUAAAUAUGCAAAAUUAAACAAUUUUACCUUUUAUUCAAAUUCAAAAGGCUAGUGUCUCAUGCUUGUCUUGAUGCUUGAAGAAAUUCAGUUUUAUAUUAAAUGAGACCAGAAAGUUCCCAACAUUAUUAAUAUGAAAUGGUUUGUUUUAAAAGUAGUAUAUUAUAGAGCAUCCAUACGCUUAUGUUAUAACACAUACAAACCAACAAUGAUGCAGACCAAUAUUUCAUGAAAAUUAACAAAAGUUCCUUGUGUUUUUAAAACUUUUAUUAAAAUGCUUAAGAAAUGCAUUUUCAGCAAAAGUAAUGCUAAGAAAAAAAUUUAACGAGGAAUGUUAAUUUAUACAAGUAUUACAAUUGUGCUUACCAAACAAUAUAUCUGUUUUACAAACUAACAUUACAUAUUGCAUGACUUGAGAAUUGAAUAGAAUUUAUUAGUCCAAAAUAACAUA